AUCAGUUUGUCACUACAUCAUCUCUCCUUGGAAAUUCCACUUCUCUCACUUACUCUCUUAAAACCCUAAAUCAGUUUCAGAGUUCCUUCUUUUGCUGAAAUUUGUCGAAAAUGGCACCGAAUCCUAAGAUUAAGAAUGCCUGUGACGCUAUGAAGCUUUUAGGAAUAUCAGAGACGAAAACAAGGGCCUUUCUCAGGAAACUUCUCAAGGCCUAUGAUAAUAACUGGGAUUUCAUUGAAGAUGAAGCCUAUAAGGUCCUUCUUGAUGCAAUCUUCGACGAGGCUGAUGCCCAGAGUGUAGCAACCAGCAGGGGAAGGAGGAAAGCUCCUGAGCAAACUCAGCCUUUGGUACAAGAUGAGGAGGACGAUAUGGAUGAAGAUGAAACUCCAUUGAAAAGGAGGUUGCGUAGUAAACGUGGAAGAUGUUCUGAAAACAACACAAACCUUAGCGAAUGCAGUCCCAAAUCACAGAAGCCCAACAAAUAUGAUCCCAAGACUCAGCCUGAAGAGGAAGAGGAAGAUGAAGAUGAUGAUGUGACUGAAUUACCUCCGUUAAAGAGGUACUUACGCAGAAGUGGUGAAAGAGGAUUGGCAAGUCCUAGCUCCAGCAGUCGCACGUCAAUGGAGCCCGAAGAAGUACCACCAAUGCUUCUAUUGCCAGCUGAUCCUAUACAAGAAGAAAGGGACUCUGAGGCCGGUGCACUUAUUAUCCUCAAUGAUGAGCCCAAUAUUGAUCAUAAGCCUGUGAUUUUAGGAAACUGUUCAGCUCCCAUGCUUGAAAUGCAGAUAUCAAAUAUACAUGUGGAGGAACGGGAUAGGGAAACUAAAGAUAUUCUCAAUGAUACUAUUGCCAUGGAUGUGUCUCCUUCAGUUAUUGGGGAAUCUAGUGAGCAUAAGGUUACCGCUGCUUCAGUUGAAUUAGCUUCUUCGACUUCUGGUGAGGUGAAGAUUUGUCUAAGUUUUGCGCCUGUAACUGGAGAAACAACGAAUUUGUGUUUGCCUUCUAUGGAGGAUCUUCGGAGAGCAAUGGAGGAGAAGUGUCUCAAGUCGUACAAAAUUGUUCACCCCAAGUUUUCGGUCCUUGGGUUCAUGAAGGACAUGUGUAGCUGUUACAUAGACUUGGCAAAGAAUUCAACCAGCCAGUCACUUGAAACAGUAACCGUAUAUGACAUGAGUAAGGCGGGCGAUGAAAGCGGUGCAGCUGGCAUUUCGAUGGGGUUGGUGGUUGUUCCUGAAUGCGAGAUCUCUGAAGAUGGCUUGAGAGCAAUUAGCAACAUGAAGGACAUUACGGCUGGUGAAGAAAAUGUUGAGAUUCCAUGGGUGAAUGAGAUCAACGACAAGGUUCCUUCAUGUUUCCGUUACAUGCCUCACAGCUUUGUGUUUCAAGAUGCUCCAGUUAAAUUUUCGCUCUCAAGUUUCUCGGAUGAGCAAUGCUGCUCCUCUUCCUGUAUCGAAGAUUGCCUGGCUUCUCAAAUGUCGUGCAAUUGUGCAAUUGCUGUUGAUAACGGGUUUGCGUACUCAUUAGAUGGCUUACUCAAAGAAGAAUUCAUGGAAGCUCGGAUCUCUGAGGCCCGUGAUCAACGGAAACAGGUGCUGCAAUUCUGUGAAGAGUGCCCAUUGGAGAGAGCUAAAAAGGUUGAGAUUUUGGAACCAUGUAAAGGGCAUCUGAAGAGGAGAGCCAUUAAAGAGUGUUGGAUUAAAUGUGGUUGCACUAAGAGAUGCGGUAACCGAGUGGUACAAAGAGGAAUACACAACAAAUUACAGGUGUUUUUCACGCCAAAUGGGAAAGGUUGGGGCCUAAGGACGUUGGAGAAGCUGCCUAAAGGCGCAUUUAUUUGUGAGUACAUUGGAGAGAUAUUGACGAUUCCGGAGUUAUACCAGCGUAGCUUCGAAGAUAAACACACUUGUCCUGUGAUAUUGGAUGCACGUUGGGGUUCUGAAGAAAGGUUAGAGGAUGACAAAGCUCUGUGUCUUGAUGGGACGCAUUAUGGAAAUAUAUCAAGGUUCCUUAACCACAGAUGUCUUGAUGCAAACUUGAUCGAGAUCCCAGUUCAAGUCGAGACUCCGGAUCAGCAUUAUUAUCAUCUUGCAUUCUUCACUACACGAGACAUCGAGGCAAUGGAGGAACUCACAUGGGAUUAUGGCGUUGACUUCAACGAUGAUGACUCUCUGAUGAAACCCUUUGAUUGUCUGUGUGGUAGCAGAUUUUGCAGGAACAAGAAGCGACCAAAGAGUGAGUAAUAUCAUCAGAGUUUGCUGAUUCUGUUACAUGGGACUGAGUAAUAUCAAUUCUGUAUCUCACUGAGUAUUUUUUUUAAUUACUUUUGUUAUGUUUCAGAGAUUAUGCAGAUUAUGAACAAGGCAUGAGAGGCUAAUGACGAAGAAAAGAUGUGAGACCCU